UCCCGCCAUUUCUCUUGCUUCGGAACGGCGAAACACCCAAGACCCACAAAAUAUCUUUGCAGAUUACAGCGAAAGAGAAGCCCAAAAGGCACACGCACGAGAGAGAGAGAGAGAGAGAGAGAGAGAGAGAGAGAGAGAGAGGGAGAGAGAGAGAGAGAGAUGGCAAGGGCUUUGGAGCCUCUGACAGUUGGGAGAGUGAUUGGGGAUGUGAUUGACCCGUUCACCCCAAGCAUAAGAAUGAGUGUGAGAUUCAGUGGGAAGCAAGUGAAUAAUGGGCAUGAGCUCUACCCUUCCUCCGUUGCCGCCAGACCCAGGGUUGAGAUUCAUGGGGGUGAUAUGAGGUCCUUCUUCACUCUGGUCAUGACAGAUCCAGAUGUUCCGGGUCCGAGUGAUCCUUACUUGAGAGAGCACCUUCACUGGAUUGUUACUGAUAUUCCUGGAACUACGGAUGCCACAUUCGGAAGGGAAGUGGUGAGCUACGAGAUCCCGAGGCCGAACAUAGGGAUCCACCGGUUCGUCUUCAUCCUCUUCAGACAAAAACGGCGACAGCAAAUUAGCCAACCUUCUUCAAGAGACUGUUUUAGCACCCGCAACUUCGCCGCCGAGAAUGACUUUGACCUUCCGGUCGCAGCUGUUUACUUCAACGCCCAGAGGGAAACCGCCGCGAGAAGACGCUGAUCUGAACACCCUCUCUCUCUCUCUCUCUCUCUCUCUCUCUCUCUCCCUCUCGCAUUUGCACUUCAAAGUCCGUCCAUGGCUCUUGUUGUAACACAAAUAACCAUGAGAACUGAACUUUCU